UGCCUGCUACUUACUCCUGACCAGUACAAGCAGAUGAUUGAAGUUUCAUGGCAUCUACUCUUGAAUGAUGAUCCACAUAUGGUGUUAAGUUCUGCUUCAGUGUUCGUCGUUGCCUGUGUUCGUCGUACAGAGGAUGCGUUGGAAGUUAUGAAGAAAGUGCCCCCGCCAAGCAUUGACUUCACUUUGCCAUCACCUGCCAUCGGCCAAAGCCAACUGCCUGUAGUAGAUCCGCCUUGGAUGCCACAUUUAAAGACAAAAAUAGAGGAGCUUUCACUCAAGGAAGAGGAGCUGCCACGGUUUGGAAACGUGAUGCCUAAUAUGGACCUUUUUAUGUAG